CGCGAUAGGUGGGCGACGGUGGCGCGCGUCGAGGGGAUGGUGGUGGGCGGGAGGGGAGUGAGACAGUGGACGGUGAGAGAUGGGUGGUGUGCGGGAGCCGGGAGGCCAACUGGCAGAUGCGGUGCGGUGAGGGUUGGGUCCGGGACGGCGACGGGCAGGCCGUGAAUGAGGCAGACGGCGGCGAACUCCAGCGCGGGGGUGAGGUGGCUUAUGCUAUGGCCGGGAGUUGCCAUUGGAUCGGAAUUUCAGUUUUAGACACUGGGCGUGGAGUAGGGCUCUCCUCUGUAUUUGCCGGGCUCUGACCUGUUUCUCUCUGCAGCUAGCACCGAGAGAUAUCCUGGCCUGGUAGCACCACACCAGCACCGUUUCUCUCCCUAAAAGAUCAGAGUGAGCAUGGUUCAUCCAUUUGAUUGUGUUCCCAGCUGAGGCUGCUCGGUCACCCGCCGGAAGGGCGCCUGGAAAAAUGGUGUUCACCCUUCUCCCGGCCUUAUGGCCACCAGUUUCGCGUGCCACCGCCUUCCUCCUCCGAACCCCACCAAAACCCUUCCGCUCUCAACAUCUGCUUUUCCGCAGCCUCCUCACCUCAGCUUCUUCCCCAUCAACCUCUCCUAUUCACCGCUCUCUCGUCACCAUGGCCUCUGCGGGUAUACCCACCCGCCGGGAUCUCCUCAUGCUCGGCAUUGAGACCAGCUGCGACGACACCGCCGCCGCUGUGGUUAGAGGCGACGGGGAGAUCCUUAGCCAAGCGAUUUCUUCCCAAUCAGAUUUGCUUGUGAAAUGGGGCGGUGUCGCUCCUAAGAUGGCUGAAGAAGCUCACGCGCUUGCAAUCGAUCAGGUUGUUCAGAAAGCACUCGAUGACGCAAAUGUGUCAGAGAGUGAUCUUUCUGCUGUGGCCGUGACCAUUGGACCAGGACUUAGUCUAUGCCUUAGAGUUGGUGUUCACAAAGCUCGAAAAAUAGCAAAAGUAUUUGGCUUGCCUAUUGUUGGAGUUCACCAUAUGGAGGCACAUGCAUUAGUUUCCAGGCUGGUGAACAAGGACCUUAAUUACCCAUUUUUAGCUCUUCUAAUUUCAGGAGGACACAAUCUUCUUGUUCUCGCUCAGAACCUUGGUGAGUAUGUUCAACUGGGGACUACUAUAGAUGAUGCAAUUGGUGAGGCAUAUGACAAGGCAGCAAGAUGGCUGGGUCUUGAUAUACGGAAAGGUGGUGGUCCUGCUCUUGAAGAGCUUGCCCUAGAAGGUGAUCCAAAUUCUAUUAAUUUCACAGUUCCGCUGCGACAACACAAAGAUUGCAAUUUCUCUUAUGCUGGUCUGAAGACUCAAGUUCGAUUGACUAUUGAAUCCAGAAAUCUGUGCACAGAUGAUAUCCCCAUUUCUUCCGCAACAGAAGAAGACAGACAACUAAGGGCGAACAUUGCCGCCUCUUUCCAGAGGAUUGCUGUUCUGCAUUUGGAGGAUAGAUGCCAGCGAGCAGUUGAAUGGGCAUUGAAGAUGAAACCUUCUAUUAAAAACUUUGUUGUUUCAGGUGGUGUUGCUUCUAACCAGUAUGUCAGGACCCGCUUGAAUCAUAUUGCUGAGAAGAAUGGCCUACAGCUCGUAUCCCCUCCCCCAAGUCUAUGUACUGACAAUGGUGUCAUGAUUGCUUGGACUGGAAUCGAGCACUUUGUUGCAGGUAGAUUUGAAGAUCCACCUCCCGCUGAUGAGCCUGAUGAUAUGCAGUAUGACUUGCGUCCAAGAUGGCCACUUGGCGAGGAAUAUUCAGAAGGAAGAAGUGUUUCACGAUCACUGAAGACGGCUAGGAUCCAUCCAUCACUUACAUCUAUGACACAGAGCUCUCUUCACAAGUAGUCUGUGUUGAUAUUCUGGAUCAAAAUACAAUUGCAUCUCACAAGGAACUGCAUAUCAACAUGUCACAAGAAGAACCGUCUACAUAGAAGGCGCCCGAACCUUGGGCAACUUGUUAAGUUCUACUUACAUGCACAUGGAUCAGAGUUUGAGAAAUAGAACGCUUACCUGAUGAUCCUACAGGAUUGCAUUGCCUGCUAUCGGUCUGAAGCUUCUUGCAUCUUGAUUCAUAUUCUGCUAGAAACAUUCUUCUAGAAAGUGCUCAGGCUCUAAAUAAAAAUGUAAGCAUUGCGACACAUGAAAGGGUGGAAGUACAACUUUUUGCUGCAAUUUAACUCGACACAUGACAGGGUAGGCCCCUGCCUUUUCACUAAA